CAGAGCCUUAGAAACCACCAUCGACCAUCCUGCAAAGCGCGGCCAUGGGGCAGUCCCCGGUGCGGGGAAUGCAUGUCCUCUUCCACUUGCUGGAACACGAGCGCGUUAGGGCGCUCAUAAAUACGGCCGUAGGGGGUUGACGCCACUCGCGAUGGCGGUGUAUGCGGGAAACGCCCCAGGGGUGCAUGCACUGCUUCAGGCGGGAGCACAAAUCGAGUCGAGCAAGAUGCUGAAUAAGCUUCUGGGUAUAGCUGUUGAUGCUGGCUAGCGGCCGCAGAUGUCCUCUCCUACGUAGAGUACGAAGUCGCCAGAUAAGGAGGAGCUGUAUCAGUGGCGGUUGGAGAUGGAAGAUAUUAUCCUUGCAUUGCUGGAUAAGGGUGACCCAGGCCAUGGGAGAACAGGACUGCAUGUCGCGGUGCAGCUAGGGAACCGGCAGAGGGUGGUAAAAAUGGUCGAGCAGCAGGGGCAGCAUAUAUUUGUUGGGGAUCGGGGACUGCAGACGCCCGGGGCAUUAGUUAAAGACUUGGACGGGUUGGAGGAGUCAAACGAAGAUGAUGAAUACCUUAAUAAGCUAAAACAACUGCGUGAGUACGUGCAUCAGAAGCUAGUCAAGGGAUCCAUCGCGGAUUCAACCAGCCCGGAAGCCCUCGAGAAAUGGCUAUGUACUCAUCCACUUUUUCCCGAGAACUCAGAAGAGAACAGGCAAGCUAAGGCUGAUAUGGAAGUGGCACUGGAGAAGCUCAGGCUUGAGAAGGAACUCUCUGUCGGAGACGGCAUCGAAUCGGUUGCCAUUGGUGGAGGAUGUGCUUCGCUGGCAACUUGUAAAAUGCACAUGGUUCCUACUUCAGCAACCAUUUCGGGGGCUUCAAAUCAUGUCUCCACAUAUUUAGCUCCCGCACAGACUGCUGUGCCAUCCCUUCUCACUAGUUGCACAGCGAUCCACAAAUUUCACAUGCUUGCUAUGAGUCUCCACCUCCCUUCAACAAAUUCAUAUCUCACAAGGGAAAAGUACAAAUCCGGGAAUCCGCUUUGGGCUUGGCUCGCCUGCGUACAUUCGCGAAAUGAUGUACCUGGCAGUGGAGAAGAAUGUCUAGCCAUGGGUCGAACAGCGGCUAACGAAGGAGGCAAACCAGGCGAUGGCUGA